AAUAAAUUUUGACAGUCGAUGUAUUAACAAGCGAGAGGCAUCAGUAGUUAAGCGAAUAUAUUUGGGUGUGAAAAUAUUUUCUCUGACUAGAUUUUUUGUUGUCCUUAUAAGAACAGAAACUAUUUGUUUAAAUUUGAAUAAAUUUCAUUAUAAAUGUCGCGUUACAAUGGACCGGGAACAGGAUCAUCACAAACUCAAACCUAUAAACUUGUAGUUGUUGGCGGCGGAGGUGUUGGAAAAUCUGCAAUAACAAUACAAUUUAUACAGAGUUAUUUCGUUACUGAUUACGAUCCAACAAUUGAAGAUUCCUAUACAAAACAAUGUGUAAUUGAUGAUGUACCUGCCAAAUUGGACAUACUAGAUACUGCCGGUCAGGAGGAAUUCAGUGCUAUGCGAGAGCAAUAUAUGCGUUCUGGUGAAGGAUUUUUACUUGUUUUCUCAUUAAACGAUCAUUCCAGUUUUGAUGAGAUACCAAAAUUUCAAAGGCAGAUUUUGCGGGUUAAAGAUCGAGAUGAGUUUCCAAUGUUGAUGGUUGGUAAUAAAUGUGAUUUGGAGCAUCAACGUAGAGUUUCACUGGAAGAGGCACAAAAUGUAAGCCGAAGUUUACUUAUUCCGUACAUUGAGUGCAGUGCUAAACUUCGCAUUAAUGUUGAUCAAGCAUUUCAUGAACUUGUACGAAUUGUAAGAAAAUUCCAAAUAGCAGAACGACCAUUUUUGGAGGAAAGCUAUAAAAAGAGAAACAAAAAGAAGUGUUGUCUCUUGUAAUUGUUAAAAUAUUUAUAGAUCUAUUGAUUUUUUUUUAUUUUUUGAUUGAUGAAACAUAUGCUGCCAGACACUUAACUAACAAAAAUUAACAAAACAUCACCCAGUGAUAGGUCAAUUCGACAACUAUUUGAAAAAUUAAAGCAUAAAGGAAGCAGCUGGAAAUACUCUGCCAUUAAGGAAUUUAAUUUCGACUUAUGUGGUUAUGUUUAAAUUUUAUCAUACGUAUAAACAAAUUAUAAAAUAUUUUAUAAAUUAUAAAUAUCUAUAGAAAUUUAGCCACCGUGGUCAUAUAGGGAUUUAUAUACUGUUAAGUCUCAUAUUCAACCGGUGUUUCUACAACCUACGUUUGAUACGAUAGUAAAUCCAUAAUGCUUGCCGGCAAAUAUAAAGGUGUUAUUCAUCUGUCGUGAUACCUUAGUGUAAACAAAAGUAAAAAAUCGUGCCUAUUGGCUUCUAAAAGAACUAGGAUGUAUAAUAUAAAUUUACUAAUUAUGAACUAGGAAUUUAUCCGCAACCACUUUUUGUGUUGAAAAAACAUCCCCAUUUGAUGUUACGAUGUCCUCAACAUCUAACAUAGUAGCUUUUAUUCGAAGAGAAUAAUGUCUUCUGUUUAGUUAAAGUCGGUUAGAAGCACAAUUGAUAAACCAUAAUAGCAAUGCUCCGUCGCACUGGGAGCCAGUGCCAUGUAUAUCCACUAUUCUAUUUUAUUUUACUAGAUAUAAUGGAUUAGUUAGGAUAAGAUUUCGAAUAAGUUUUCAGAAACCUCCUUUUUAAGUAAAUCAUUGUAUACGUCCAUGGAGUGCAUGUUUACAUUGUACGAUCAUCGUAUGUAAGUCUACCAGUAUUCACGAUUUUUCCGCACUGUCCUGUUGAAUUGAGUUCAUUUAAGUAAUCAACCCAACAGAUCUGACAUAACGUGAUAAGUUACAAUAAACUCUUUAACGCUGAGUGCCAUUGGAACUCAAUUACGCUAUAAUUUUUCUGAAUUUUAUUUAAUUAACGUGAUAUGUAUGCUACUCAUUGUUGAGUUUUUAACUUAUCUAUUUGAAACAGUGGUCAUCCCACACCUUUAGUUAACGUAUUGCAUAUCAUAAUAACCUGUUGAUCAAAAUUAGAAUUGGUAAUAACACUAACAUAUUGUAUUUAUAGGCAGGAUCGACUUACUUAAACUCUCGGCUACUUUUUUUAAGGAGCACCAGCUGAUUUUCAAACCUACCAAUAUGACUUCUAGGUUUAAUUGUACUGUUAAAAUCUCUUGUCUAUUAACCUACAUAUUUUUUGAGCUGUGUUACACAAUCCAAAAGGUAUGAUAAUGAAGUUUUCUAUCAGGGAUCACGAAGACCUGUUAGGAAUCCUAGAUUUGUCUGCUAUUUUGAUUUGCCAGUAAUUAUCCUUCAAAUAGAAAAACCUCCCAAUAUUUGCUAACGAGCAUACCGGCUUGCUACCGUACCAAACUGACUACGGCGAUACACUUGCUGAAAAUGGAACUUUUCAAUGCAUAAUUAGGAAUACCAACGAAACAUUUCGAAUAUAUUUAACACAAAUAAAAACAAAUUAAAUCAAAACUUAAUACAUAUAAAAAAAAAUUCUAAAACAAAUUUUAAAUUUAAUUUAACAAAAGACUAACAAAACGCACCGUAAUACACCAAUUAAUGUUAGAGAUUUAUAAAAAUUGCAUUA